GAGUAGGAAGAAGAACAGAAGAACAGGUGGAAUGCUGGAUGAAUAUUGGUAGAUGCUGGAGCAUUAGUCCUCGUGAGUUUCAACUUUAUUCAGAGGACAGUGGCACACCUAUACAGGUGCAUCAGUGGAUAACUGCUAUGUUGAAUGGUACUUUAUUUGCAGAAUAAAAGCUUUCCCAUAUCUGAACAGUGAACUGAAGGAGGUUUGGGAAAUGCUACAGUGGUCAGCUUUUCAGCCAUUCAAAGUUACCCAGCCUACAGCUUGAACUGCCACAGGUUAGCUGGUGUCCUUUCUGAUAAACUUCCAUACAUCUUUCACUGCACUGGAAUAAAAACAUGCGAGUAACAGGUGUGCUAAGAAUUGUGGUGGUGCUGUUUACCUUAGUUGCAACCUGGCUUUUUGCCAGCACCUACUUGAAGAACACAAGCAUGCGUUCAAUCAAUGCGAAGACAUGGCUGAGGUCGCACAUUGGACCAACUACAAAAACACCAUUAGCACCAAAUAAGUGCAAUAACAGAAAACCAUGUCCCGAAUAUACUUUUGCAUUCAGAAUCAUCAGUGGUGCAGCAAAUGUGGUUGGUCCUUCCAUAUGCUUUGAUGGCAACAUGAUAAUGAGCAAUGUGAAAAAUAACGUCGGUCGAGGUUUGAACAUCGCACUUAUUAAUGGAACCACGGGAAAACUCAUCAAAACAGAUAUCUUUGACAUGUAUUCUGGAGAUAUUAAACAUUUGCUAAAUUUUAUGAAAGGAAUGAGCAAAGGCACCCUUAUGCUCCUUGCCUCUUAUGAUGACCCAGCAACAAAGCUAAAUGAUGAAGCCCGGAAGUUAUUUUCUGACUUAGGAAGCAAAUACGCUUCCCAGAUGGGUUUUCGAGACAACUGGAUAUUCCUUGGUGGGAGCGGACUCAAAGACAAAAGUCCAUUUGAACAGCAUUUGAAAAACAAUAAGGAGACAAACAAGUAUGAUGGAUGGCCUGAAAUUCUGGAAAUGGAGGGCUGCGUCCCUAAGAAGAUAGAGUAGCAUAAAAUGAAUUUUGUCACAAGAAUGAACUGUGGUCUUAUCAAACAGAUAUUUUUUUUACUUUGCCUAACAAUCUGGGAUGGUGAAUUUGAAAUGACUCAGUCUUCAGUCCUUGAGGUUUUGAACUCGAGUUCGCUUCAACCUGCUGGUCUCAAAUGGAGUAACCAAAAGGGUCAGUUUUUCUAUGUGUAGGAGUCUUUUCACUACUACUCUGACAUAGAAGUAACGAGUUCUGAAGAACUACAGGCCUAUACUUCCAGCUGAACUAAUGUUUUGGGAAGUCCUGUGAUGAUUCUAGACUUCACAAAUACAAGAGCAAAUCCUUCAAAAAGAGGUUUUGGAGGUGAAGAUAUAUGCAACAUAGGACAGUGAUGGACAUUGUUUCAUUCUUGGGAGCCGCAUUUAAUAUUCCAGCUAAAUCAAAGACUGGCAGGCUCAGGAAUUUAGGAGUGGAUGUUGAGGUUGGACAAAGCACAGUUUUUGGAUUUCUCUUUGGUUUGUUUUACAUCAUUUAAAUUCUGUUUUAAUCCGCCAUUGCAAUUUUGUGAUAUAUUUGUGCUUCAAAAUAACAUGAAACCUAGCUCCCAAUUUUGAGUACACCAUGCUGGCUACCAAAACAACCAGGAUUAUAAUGAAAUUAAGACUUGCUGCUUGGGUAAAUGCAGCCACUAGCUCUGAAACUGACUUGGACAAACAUCUGGGAAUGUCUAAUGGAUGGAGACUGUUGCUCAAAUUGCAAACUAGUGGUAUGAUACAAAUGACUACAUUCAUAUUCAUUUACAACAUUUGGCAUGAUGGCAUAAUUAGGAAAAUAAUGUCAUUAUAUGAAUGAAUACAUUGACGCAAAUCAUGUCAAUUAUAUAAUUUGUAUAAUGAUAUCAUUAUAGUGUGUGCACAUGUGGAAAUUUGGUCUAUUAUUUGCAAAAUCUCUUGAAUCAAGAUUUGAUAGAGUUUUACUAUAUUUAAAAAAAAGGUUGAACCCCCAAAUCUUCAUAGUACCCAACUAUUAUAUCAUAUAUCCCUUUUUUAAAAAACUGUCAAGCAUUCCAAAAAUAUAUUAUGUAUUCUGGUGUUAUUCUGGGUCAGAUGUGAAAAACCAGGUCCAUAUAUGAAGGUUCAAUUUAACUGACUCAUUGCUAAACAGCCAAUGGAGCAAGAAUCUUGUCAACAAACAAUCAGCACUUGGUUCGAGUUAGAUAAGGGUCAAUGGCACUCGGGUGGGGGGUGUUGAACUUAGAUUGUGGUUACCAGGGACGUGCAGUCACUAGAGGCAAGGAA